AUGCAAUUUGUCAAGUGUCAUCUGUCCUGUCAUAGUGUCAACUUAUAUUCAACAUUAUUGAAUGCAAAAACUGGAUCAAAGGAGAAUACUAUAACUGCUGAGGAGUAUAUAAGAAUAAGGCAGGAUGAAUUGACUUUAAUUGCAAAACAUAAGUAUGGAGUGCGAGUGUCCACUGAAGCAAAAUGGAAGGAAUUUAUAGCAAGUCUAGGAGAAUCGGCUGUUGCAUUUGAAUUGCUACAAACUAAAUGUACCAGCCCUGUUAAAAUACAAUUUGAUGCUUCAGGAGGAUCUAGCAAAGGUGCUGCAUUUAUCUUGUACAAUUGUGCAAGAUUGGAAACAAUUAUUAAGACUUUUAAUGAAAAAGUAAAUGAAGGGACUUACCCACAAUUACCGCCAAUAGAUUAUGCAAACUUAUCAUUGCUAGUUGAUGAGGAUGAAUGGAAUCUUAUAUUUAAUUAUGUUAUGGGUCUUCCAUCGCUGUUAAAGAGCAGUGUCGAAAUUAAUGAAGAAAAAUGUGAAUUUCGACCUCAUUUGAUAUGCAACUUUCUAAGCAGUAUGGUCAAAAUAUUAAGUCAAUAUUAUAGGAGGGUCAGGAUAUUAACUGAACCACGAAAGCAUCUGCUGCCAGUCAUGUUUGCACGUAUUCACUUAAUAAUUACAUUAAAUAAUACGUUAAAAAUAUGUCUAAGAAUAUUAAAUAUUAAAAGCGUUUCACAAAUGUAUAGGACAUUUAUUUUAUUUCCCUAA